AUGAAGCUCAACAGGGCCAACCUCCUCGUCUCCCACCUGGCGCUAGGUGGCUGGCUGCUCAUCGCAUGCUUCAGCCUCCAUGCAGCUGCCGACCUCGUCAAGCGACAGUACAGACCCACCAACGGCACCCCCAUUACCAGCACCAACUGCCCCAACAACGCCGGCUACGCCUACAAGGCCAAGAACAACGUCACCUUCUACGUCUGUCCGCAGUCCGACUACAACACCUACGGUAUCGGUAUCAUCCCCCAGCCCGACCGUGCCUCCUGCAUCGAAUGGUGCAGCAACACGCCUGGUUGCUUCUACGGCGUGUGGGACCCCGUCCUUAAGAACUGCCUCAGCAAGGGAGCACCCUACACGCUCAACUGGCAGCAGAGCGACCGCUUCCAGACCUUCAGAAUUUCACCCAACAGCAGGACAGCGCCAGCAACGCUCACCAAGAACGGCCGCUGGAGCAGCGUCAUCGGUCUCAACGUCAUUCCUGUCGCCGCGUACCUUGUUCCGCAGUUUCCGCGCGUGACCAAGUUCUUCGCUUUCUCGUCAUGGAGCCCGACGACCUUCGGCGGUGAUGGGCAGGCCCAGACCGCCUUCACCAGCUACGACUUCUCCGCCAACACCCAGAGCGGUUUCGAAGUGUCCAACACGAUGCACGACAUGUUCUGCCCGGGCAUCAACGCCCUCGCUGACGGCAGACUCGUCAUCGACGGCGGCAACACCGACGCUGCAGUCACCAUCUAUGACCCCUUCUCCAACACCUUCAGCCGUGCUGCCAACAUGACCACGGGCAGGGGCUACCAGAGCUCCGUGACGCUCUCCGACGGACGCGCCUUCACCAUCGGCGGGUCAUACAGCGGCGGUAUCGGCGGCCAGAACGGCGUGCCGAUGAAGAAUGGUGAAGUUUUCGAUCCAGCCGCCAACGUCUGGUCCCCUUUGCCGGGCGCACAGGUGCAAAAUAUGCUGACGACCUACGAUGCCGAGGGAGCGUGGCGAACUGACAACCACGCCUGGCUCUUCGCCUGGUCCGGUGGCUCCGUCCUUCAAGCCGGCCCGAGCAGGCAGAUGAACUGGUACUCCACCUCGGGCAGCGGCGGCGUCACGGCAGCUGGUACACGCAACGGCAACAGUGACCAGAUGUGUGGUGUCAAUGUCAUGUACGAUGCCUCCAAGGGUGCCAUCUUCUCGGCUGGAGGUACGCAGUCAUACACCAACAGUCCCGGACUCCCUACUGCCCACACCAUCACCAUCAACGGCGUCAACAGCAACCCCACCGUGCAGCAGCUGCCGGACAUGAACUACGGUCGUGCUUACGCCAACGCCGUCGUCCUUCCCAACGGUCAAGUCUUUAUCACGGGUGGUCAGACGUACGGGCAAGUCUUCCAAGAUUCGGACAGCGUGCUGCAGUCCGAGAUUUGGGAUCCUACUUCACGCACGUUCACGGCGGUGGCGCCCGCAUCCGUCCCGCGCAACUACCACUCGACGACGCUGCUCCUGCCAGACGGACGCGUGAUGAGCGGCGGCGGCGGACUGUGCUACGUCGGCGGCAAUUGCGACGCCGGCAACCAUCAGGACAUGCAGUUCUACUCGCCGCCUUACCUGUUCAACUCCCAAGGAUACGCAGCGACGCGGCCGAGGGUGACCUCGCUCCGAUCCAGCCAGCAGAGCGGUAGCCAGAUCCGUGUCAGACCAGGUGGCACGCUCACCGUAUCGCUCGGCAGCGCUAGCGGGUUGAGCCACGUGCUGGUCAGGCUGGGCUCGUCGACGCACUCGAUCGAUACGGACCAGCGUCGUGUGCCUCUGACCGUGCGCAGCACCUCGGGCAACACGGUGACGCUCAGCGUGCCCAACGACAACGGCGUCGUCCCGCCUGGCUUCUACUACUACUUUGCCGUGGCUGCCAGCGGCAUUCAUAGUUUGGGUUUGACGGUCAAUGUCCUCAAGGCAUAG